CGCCGGAGUCUCUGGCGUCUAAGUCAAAAUACGCUUUGAGGGGGUCCUCGCUAUCUUCUGGCCUGCGCCGGAGUCUCCGGUCGUCGGCGGAUGCGCGAGGCGCCGCCGUUAAGGGGAUACAUACUUGCUGCCGCCGAGGCAAGAGACCGGAGGGGCGAGGGCCCCGCUCGAAGAGCGAGCGAGCGCGGCGGCUCCUCGGAGACGCCGCUGCUGAAUUUGGGCGCCUCAUAUGUUCGACGCGGCGGCCGGCUCCGCCUUAGGCGCGGAGGACCCAUGCGUUCUGGGGCCUUUGCGCUGGCAAAAAUGGCGUCGUUGUCUGGCGUUUGGAUCGGCGAAGGGGAGGUGCGAGAAGAGAUCCACGGCGCACUGUUCAGUCGGCCGCGUGGGAUGAUGUGGUCGGAGCUCCUCCCAUUAGCGCAUCCCGUUAUAUCACAGGCAUUAUUCUAUAUUAUUGUGGCACUAAGAAACAAUGAUCCAUGUGCUGAAGUGAUGAUACCUGGAGGUUGGAUUGUGAAGCGCUUCCUGGCCUGAAAAUGGACUGCUUACAUGCAUAAUGUCUGUCCGAUUAUAGGUGAAAUAUUCACGCGACCAUCAGCCUGGCUGCAGGCCGUCACAUCUAGGUACAAACAGGUAUUGAAAGGUCCUGAAAUAAACUAAUAGGAGUUGAAUUGGUAGGAUUUAAUUUUGAUCACAAUCCCUGAGGAUUGAACUGGUAAAGGUGUCUAAUUUAUAUUUCCCCACAAAAAAAUAUGAACAAGGGCCUAUAAAUUCUCACAUUGAUAGAGAUUAUAUAAUAUUUUUUUUGUGGUAGCUUUCAAUAAUUACUGUAGCUGCAUAAGAAAUUCGCAUUGAAGAUUUGAGAACAAUGAAAGUAGGUCAUACCGUGUAGAGCUAUGCAACCAAUGCUAUUCUCUAUAGGUAGGUAAUAGGGGCCGAAAUCACUAUUCUGACACUUUCAGCAAACUUUGUCACAAACUGAACUCGACAUGAAAGUAUUUCAUGAUCUGACCAUUUUAGCAACGCCACAGACCGUGGCGUUUCUGCUUCAUAUAGAUUAUAGAAACGCCGAGCUAUCUUGCGUUGCAGCUCCAAAUAUAAACGUCGAGGUAUCUAGCGUUGCAUCUCCACAUGGAAACGCCAACCCCUUUGGCGUUUCUGUCCUACAUGUAAACGCCAUUGGCUUUAACGUUUCAUAUGUGGUAGUACUCCACAGCUCGAUCGGGAGGAGCAUGUCCUACAUGCAAACGCCAUUGGCUUUAGCGCGGACUGCAAUUGUCUCCGGAGCACGUCCAGAUGCAGCGAGCCAGCCAGUGAGAGUGAUGAUAUCAGCGACUAAAAAUCUGGUACUCCCUCCGUUCCAAAAUAUAGCGCGUCCUCGGUUUCCGUGCUUCA